CCUCCGUUUCCCUCCUCUCCAACCCCUCUCUCCCUCUCUCUGAGAAACUCUUCUCUUUCUCUCUCUAAAUUCUCCCCUCUAUUCUCUUUCUAAACAUCCCAUGAAGCUUUGCUAGAAGAAGCAGAAGAAGAAUAUGGGGAAGUACAUGAAGAAAGCUAAAAUCACAGGCGACGUGACAGUCAUGGAGGUGUCAUCUUCUCUGGGCGUUCGAACCAGAGCCAAAACCCUAGCUUUGCAGAGGCUCCAGAAAACGACUCACCAGGAAGGGCCGAAGCCAGACACCUCUUAUCUCGAGCUCCGAAGCCGUAGGCUAGAGAAGCCUCCACUGCUCAGCGAACCCAACAAGAAGCAAAACCCUAACCCUAAGGCGAGCUCAAGGGUGGAGCUGGGUUCAGUGAACUCAAACUCUGUUGGGUCUGUGCCACCCGGUGAGAAAAUUAAUGCCGUGGAAACUGAGGAUGUGGGUGUUGAGGCUUCGUAUGGCGAGAAUGUUUUGGAGUUUGAGGGCAGAGACAGAAGCACAAGGGAAAGUACACCCUGCAGUUUGAUUAGGGACCCAGACACCAUUGCAACCCCUGGUUCUACAACAAGGCCGACAAGCUCAAGUGUAACCACCCGAAGAGUUCGGAGUAAUGUGCUGGGGGACAUCCCAACAGCUGCUGAGUUAGAGGAGUUUUUUACUCAUGCAGAGGAACAUGCCCAGAAAGAGUUCAUGGACAAGUAGUACAACUUUGACAUAGUGAAUGAUACACCUCUCCCUGGACGCUUUGAAUGGGUUCAAGUAAGCCCAUGAAUGGGGAAUGCCAUUGCAUUGGAGGGGUCUCUGGAUCUGGAUAAGGGGUUCAGAAGAGUGGAUGCGGUUCAGUUCAUUUCUCAUCGCCCUUUUCUAAAUCCAUGUAAAAAGACUUAGAGCUGUGAAAGAUGUGUAAUCCAAAAUCCUCUGUAAGACUAACACAUCAGAGCUGCUGAACUACACUAACCAAAAUCCUUUGUUCAUGAAGAGAAAAAAAAAAAAAAAUGGAAAAGGAAAAAACAAGAAAAUCAUUCGAGAGGGAUAAUGGGGAGAAUUGGUAGUCAUAGUUUCUUGAUGGCUUUCAUCAUUGUAAUUUCUUUUCUUCUUUCAAUGGGUAUAUUUAAAUUUUCACAAUUUCUCUUCUUGUUAUCCAUUAUGCCUAUAUUGUUUGGGAUGGUCCUCAGCAAUAAAGGUCGCCUAUUUUCUUUAA